ACGCUCUCUCUCUCUCUCUGCCCACCACUCUACCUCGCUCUCUCACUCCUCCAGAGACCACAACGAGGCUCGGGGGGUAGAGUUACAGAGAGGGGGAGGGGGUCGAGAGACAUAGACAAAGAGAAGGAAAAGGAGCGAGAGAGAGAGGGAGAGAGGUUCGCGUGCCCGUGUGAGGUUGAAAAAGAGAGAGAACAGUAGAGCGAGGUAGACUCCGAGUGCAGGGGGAGGUGGAUCCCUGUGUAGUGGAGCAGCUGAAGCUAAAGCUAACUAGCCAUGUUGCUGUCGCUGCCGCUGCUGCUCCUCCCGCUGCUGGUGGUGUGUGUCUGCUAGCGGGCCGCCCUGGACUCCCUAUCCGCCCUGAGGUGCAUCAUGCCCGGCUGGAAGAAAAACAUCCCGGCCUGUCUCCAACCGGACCAGGAGGGAGAUGAGGGGCCGUACACCAAACACUCUGCCGGGUCGAGACCUCCAGAUGGAGCGCUGGCCAUCAGGAGGCAAAGUAUACCAGACGAGUUUCGGGGCUGCUCGGUGGUGGAGCUGAUGAAGAAGGAGGGGACGACACUAGGUCUGACAGUUUCAGGCGGCAUUGACAAAGAUGGGAAACCGCGAGUUUCAAACCUACGUCAGGGAGGUAUCGCUGCCAGGAGCGACCAGCUGAACGUGGGCGACUACAUCCGCUCUGUGAAUGGCAUCAACCUAGCCAAGUUCAGACACGAUGAAAUCAUCAGUCUCUUGAAGAACGUUGGUGAGCGAGUCGUCCUGGAGGUCGAGUACGAGCUGCCACCUGUCUCUGUGCAGGGGUCAGGGGUCAUGUUUAAGAACGUGGAGGUCACGCUUCACAAAGAAGGAAACAGCUUUGGCUUCGUCAUCAGAGGUGGAGCCCACGAAGACAGGAACAAGUCUCGUCCCAUCGUCAUAACAACCAUCAGGCCAGGUGGACCGGCUGACAGAGAAGGAACUGUCAAACCAGGCGAUCGGUUGCUAAGCAUCGACGGGAUUCGUCUCCACGGCAGCACGCUGUCAGAGGCCAUGAGCAUCCUAAAGCAGUGCGGACAGGAAGCAACACUGCUCAUUGAGUACGACGUCUCAGUGAUGGACUCGGUUGCCACGGCGUCAGGCCCGUUGCUGGUGGAGGUUGCCAAGGCAACAGGCUCCAGUCUGGGCGUGGCUCUGUCCACCUCUAUGUUCUGCAACAAGCAGGUCAUCAUCAUCGACAAGGUCAAACCAGCCAGCAUAGCAGACAGGUGUGGUGCUCUUCAUGCAGGAGAUCACAUUUUGUCUGUUGAUGGAAAGUCGAUGGAGUUUUGUUCUUUGGCUGAAGCCACUCAGCUACUCUCUGCCUCUUGUCAGACCGUCCGCAUGGAGAUCCUGCCGCAACACCAGGCCCGACCGGCCCUGAACGCACCACAACACGUCAAGGUGCAGCGUAGUCCCCGCCCCCUCCCUUGGGAGACCGGAGGCUCCGCCCCCAUCCUCCCCCCUUACCACUACAACACGUACCACCCUGACCAAUCAGCUGCCAGAUCGCACAACCGCCAUACAAACAACCCUCCUCUCAGCCACUCGUUCUCUCCUGGCUCCAUGUCAGCCUAUAGUCUCUCGUCCCUCAACAUGAGCACCCUGCCCAGGAACAUGUAUCCCACGAGUCCACGGGGCACGCUGAUGAGGAGGAAGGCCAAGAAGAAAGACUUUAAGAGCUCAUUGUCUCUCGCGUCCAGCACCGUGGGUCUUGCCGGUCAGGUCGUCCACACGGAAACUACAGAGGUGACGUUGCUAGGUGAUGGCAUCAUGGGGUUCGGCCUGCAGCUGCAGGGUGGAGUCUUUGCCACGGAAACGUUAUCAUCACCACCUCUCAUUGCUUACAUUGACCCCGACAGCCCCGCAGAGAGAUGUGGUAUCCUGCAGAUCGGUGACAGGAUCUUGUCCAUAAAUGGAGUUCCUACUGAAGACUCCACUCUGGAGGAAACCAAUCAGCUGCUCAGAGACUCGUCAAUCACUGCUCAGCUCACGCUGGAGAUCGAGUUUGAUGUGGCCGAGUCAGUCAUCCCGAGCUCUGGAACGUUCCACGUGAAACUCCCGAAGAAACCAGGAGUGGAGCUGGGAAUCACCAUCAGCUCUCCGUCCAACAGGAAACCAGGUGAUCCUCUGAUCAUCUCUGACAUCAAGAAAGGCAGCGUUGCCCACAGGACAGGGACGUUGGAGCUUGGAGACAAGCUGCUGGCCAUUGAUAACAUCCGGGUGGAGAACUGCUCGAUGGAGGAAGCUGUUCAGAUCUUGCAGCAGUGUGAGGAGCUUGUCAAACUGAAGAUCCGCAAAGACGAAGACAACUCAGAUGAACAGGAAGUGUCUGGCAGCAUCAUCUACACGGUGGAGCUGCAGAGGUACGGUGGCCCACUGGGAAUCACCAUCUCAGGCACUGAGGAGCCAUUCGACCCCAUCAUCAUUUCUUCACUGAGCAAGGGGGGGCUGGCUGAGAGGACCGGUGCGAUCCAUGUCGGAGAUCGUAUUCUUGCAAUCAACAGCAGCAGCUUGAAGGGGAAACCGCUGAGUGAAGCCAUUAGUCUGCUGCAGCAGGCAGGAGAGACAGUCACACUGAAGAUCAAGAAACAGGGAGAACUGUCAAGUCCGAAGUCCUGUGUGAUUGGUCCAGGUCUGGGGUCGGGGACGGGGCUUGGUCAUGAAAACCAAGAUGGGGAGGAUGAGCCUGUCAUCAUGGUUGCGCCGCCGUCGAGCCAGAGAGCGUUCACUACUCUGCCGUCUGUCGACAGCGCCGUGGAGUCCUGGGACGGAUCCAACAUGGACAGCAGCUUCACCACGCCGGCUCCACCAUUUCAGUCGUCUCCGUACAGUUUCCACGAGUGGCGCAACACUAAGACAACCAACAGCCAAUCAUCGUCCUCCACUCGCCAGAGAGCCAAUCCGCUGUCAGAUCUGGGUCUGAGUGAUGACGACUGGGACCGCCCACCACUUGGAGGGUUCACUGUGGGGCAUGAUGGGACAGAACCAGACCAGGAGGAGAACUUCUGGUCUCAGGCUCUGGAGGAUCUGGAGACCUGCGGCCAGAGCGGCAUCCUCAGAGAACUGGAGGAGUCUGGAAAGGAGACGCACCUCCUCACUCUGGCAACCAUCAUGUCAGGCUCCACCCUCAGUCUGAACCAUGAUCCCACCCCUCUGCGCAGCACUCUGGGGCGCCAGGCGAGUUUCCAGGAACGCAGCAGCUCCCGACCACAGGUGACUCCAAGGUCCAACACCUUGCCCUCUGACCCCCAACGCCGAGCCUUUGCCAUGAGGAAGAUGAGGCAGGAAGUCAAUGAGAUCCUAAACCAGAACCCUGUGGAACUCCACAAGUUGACUCUGGAGAAGGCCUCAGACCUGGAGGAUUUUGGCUUCAGUGUUUCUGAUGGUCUGUUGGAUCGUGGCGUCUACGUUAACAACAUCCGACCAGGAGGCCCAGCGGAGAGGGGCGGCCUCCGAGCCUAUGACCGAAUACUACAGAUUAACCACGUGCGGACCAGGGACUUUGACUGCUGCCUCGUCGUCCCUCUGAUAGCAGAGUCUCCGAAUCGCUUGGAUCUCGUCAUCAGUCGAAACCCCACCUCUUCCUCUUUGCUAGCCAAUCACACUGAUGGCACCGCCAACAUCAGCCACUCCCCUCAGCCAACUGGCAGUGACCUGGGACCAUCAGAGCUUUCUAUUGGCCAGGUAGAGGAUGGUGGUCCAAUCAAGUGGAGCCAACCUGGAGAUGGGCUGGGGGCAAGUAUUGGGGUGGGGCAGGUGAAUAAUAGCUCAUUAUAGCAGACAAAAACUUGGUCAAACUGGAUUACACUGGUUCUAACCAGACUGGAAUAGAGAGGUCAACGAGGGAAACACUACAACAAAGUUGAAUCAGACUGGUUUAGACCCAUCCAAACUGGUUCAGAGUGGACCACCCCCCACCCCCCACCCCCAUGGUGCUACAAACACCCUCUGGAUGAACUUUGACCAUUGACCACUAAAGUUUGACCCUUGAACUGCUAAAGCAGCCUGAAAGCACACUGAUGGACUGGAGCAACUCCUCACCUUUUCACCUGAACCAGUUCUGCAAACUGGUACUAUGGUGUCACUGGAACCAGAACUAUGACUACUGAUACUACUGGAACCACAGCCAGAGCGACUGGUCUUAUUGGUUCAAGAUCAAUGGGUACUAGUUCUACUAGCCCAGAGCCACAGCCACUGGUUCUACUAAAGUCAGAGCCACAGCCAGUGCUUUUUCUGGUCUAAGAUCAAUAGUUAUUGGUUCUACAAGCAGAGGAGUAGGACCACAGGCCACUUUGGGUUCUGGUCUUAGUGGUUACAAAACCAUGGCUAGUGGUCCUACUGAACCCAGAAUCACAGCUAAUGGCUUACUUGUCCAAGACACAUGGAUUUCAGGCUUGGUGAUAACAGAAUCAUGGCUACUGGUACCACCAAAGCCAGAGCCACAGCCAGUGGUCUUACCUGUUCCAAGAUGUGGUUCUGGAUCAUGGUCUCAGGGUCACAGAGCCAUAGGUCCUGGCCCUACUGAGGCCAGAGCGACAGCCAAUGGUCUUACUGAUCCAAGACAUGGUUCUUGCUCAUGGACUUGGUGGUCACAUAACCAUACUAAGCUAGAGCCAUGACUGCUGCUUCUGCUAGUUCAGAACCAUGGCUCCUGGCUUUGUCUGGUCUUAUUAGAAUCAGAACUAUGGCUUGUGGUCAUACUGGCCAAGAAACACAGCAGCACAAAGACUGAUAGGAUUCCAGUCCAAAAUCCAGAACCUGCUGAUGGACAGGCAGGUUGCCAUGGAGAAUAGGCAUGCUCCGAUCAGGGUGAUUAGGGCUGAUUACAUUGGGAUCGUCCAAACCAGUGCUGAUCACUGACUGGUUUCUGUUCUUGAACUUUCUUACAGGAAGCUGCUGCAUGAGAAACCCUUUAAAACUGAUUUAUGUCAGUCUUACCUGUCAUAUUCUUCAAGUUGGAAUCACUGGUCCAAAAUAUUAGUAUAUUAUGCUGCUACUUGCUUCAAAAACAAUAGGCAACUCCUCAAGCCCCAUGAACAAAAAAGGUUGACCAAUCCAGUCCAUCAGGUCUUUUGACAAUGGAGGCCAGGAUAUGCUUAAAAUAGUUUGUACCAAGUGGUGUCCUACUAAAGGCAAAAGUAUAUAUAGCUUUUCAAAAUGGUCACACUCCAGCAUUGUUCCCUGCAACACGAGACAAUCUGAGAAGUAUUUUGUUCGAGGCAUACUGCUGCCCUGCAUUUGAUUUAUCUUGCACAGCUGAUAGCUGGAGGUAUGGAUCCCACCAGGGUUUUGGGACAGAAGCACUGUGAUUAGGCCAGAAGGUUUGGCUUAAAGAUUAUUAAAGUUAAGUACAAGUGUUGAGAUGGUUAAGUAUAAGCAUGAAUUGGAAAAUGUUUAACUUUUAAGUCAGCGGUGGUUGGUACAAGGCAGGGUUUAGUGUAAGUCAGGUUAGGAUAAUAAUCUAGAAGGGUGGGAUCCUGUAGCAUCGAGUAUUGGUAACUGUCAGGCACCAACAGGCAUCAAACAUCUUGUCAGAUCUGCUUCUCAACCACUGGGUCCAAGAUUAAAGUGCUCAGAAAACAUGAAAUUUUGAACAUCUACAUUUCCAUGAGAACUGGGCCAGGACCUAUAUCUAUGGAUCAUAUCAUAUUGAGUCUAGUGUUAAAAAAUAUUAAAUGAAUGCAGUCAUAUUGAUGAGGACCUGGCAGCCAUGAUGGAUUUUGGAGCAAAAAAUAUAUUAAAUUCUUUUUAAUUUUUAUUGGAAAAUCAAAUGAUUUCCAAUAAUUAUCAGCUGGUACUGAUCGGAGCAUCCCUGAUCAAAUGGACAGAGAGACAGAGGGUUUACUGUUAAGAUUUUAGUUCUGUGCCAUGAACAAACUGCAGAUUGGAAAAGUAAUAAUCAUGUAGACAAUAAUGAUGAUGAUGAUGAUGACACUGAGCAGUUCAAUAAGAAUCUUUUUCUACUGUUUACACCUGUUGGACUGGCCACACUGUGUUGUAUGUAUGUGUGCGUGUCUGUGUGUGUAUGUGUGUGUGUGUGUUACAUGUGUGCGUUAAACACAAGGCCAGUUAAGCCCCUCCCACCUUGUCUUUGCCCCCCACCCUCCUUUCAACCAAUAGGCAGCCAGGAUAAGAGACCGACAGCAAUUCUGAGAGAUUCAGCUGAUUGGCUGGAACCAAUCAGAAAAACAAACACUUCCUUGCCUGUCCCUGAUUGGUUCUCCUCAACACACAAACAAACCAAUCAGCUCCCAGGAAGAAGCCAAGCAUGCCCCCACCCCGACUCCCCCAACGCCCCCCCCCACCCCAGUAACAGUGAUCUAUUAUGCUAAUCGAUCUGUGUGUUUUUUGAUUGACUGUUGUCAGUUUUCUCUGUUUGUUUGUUUCCAUGGCGACUGAACCUGAAAAGAUGUAAAAUAGAUAUAAAAAUGGUUCAGCUGCAUUGCUGUUCACACUGAACCCUGAAAACCUUCACCUCAUAACCACGAAAACGACAACGUUUCACGAGAAAAAAAUCCUGUUCGAACAGGAAACCUGUGACAGUAAAUACCUGUGUGUGUGUGUGUGAGGGAGAGAGAGAGAGAGAGAGAGAGAGUGUGUGUGUGUGUUUACUUUGGAGUGAUGUUAGCAUCUUCUUGCUCUCACCUCAGUCUGAACUCACUAUUUUACUGGCCAAUCAGAACCCUCCCUCAGCAGCAACGGCCAGUAGAGACCCUCCUUGACCUGAACUGACCAAUAGCUGCUCUGCAACAGGUUCAGUACUUUGGGUACCAGAGCUAUGUGGAUAGCUAUGAUUGGCGGUUUUGUGUGUGGAUAGUUGUGAUUGGCGGUUUGUGCGUGGAUUGCUGUGACUGGCGGUUUGUGCGUGGAUAGUUGUGAUUGGCGGUUUGUGCGUGGAUUGCUGUGACUGGCUGUUCUACUCCAUCCCAGACUUUGUUAACUAUAAUGUUUUGAAUAUGAAGCACAGUGCUAGCAUAUGGCUAGGAUGUGGCUAGUAGACACUGAACACAGGGAUAGCAUUAGUCUAAUGUGGCUACCAUAGGGUCAAUACAAAUUUAGCACAAGGCUAAUACUAGCUGUGUUUUUCACCUUACUAUCUGGUAAACAUAUCAAGUGUUGGGUUAGUAUGUGGUAACACAGCUAAUGUAUGGUUAGCAUGCAGUUAACACAAGGGUAACAUUGAACCAACAUAUUAGCAUAUGGUUAGCCAAGGGCCAACACUGCGAUAACACAUAGAGUGUGUGGUUAGCACACACCUAGCACAAGGUUAAUAUAGGCUAGCACACAGCUAACACAGGGUUAAUACCUGGCUAACAUAGUGUAUGGUAAGUACACACUUAGAACACAGCUAAUGCAGGGUUAAACCUAGUGAAUUUAACUAGUAAGCAAUUAGGACACAGCUAAUGCAGUGCUAACAUGUGGCUAACACAGCUAGUAUAUAGUUAGCGCUUACCCAAAACAUGGCUAACACAGGGCUAACACAUUGUAAACAUAGCCAGUAGUUUAACAUGUGGAUACAGCAGGACCAACACCUGUCUAACUCAGUUGGAUCUUAGCACGGGGUUAACAUCUGUUUAACUUAGUGGGGUAAAACAUCUAGUCUUUGUCUAGCACACUGCAACAUAGGGCUAACAGCUGGUAUACAUGGCUAAUAUUUCACAUAGAACACAGCUAACAUGUGGAUUACACCCUGCUAACACAGCUGCGUUGUUAGCCUUGGCUACCUCGGCUAGUCUUUGUCUAGCGCACUGCUAAUACAGGGCUAACACCUGGCUAAAACAUGGUAAACAACUAAUUUCUAGUUAUUAAACUGUUAACACAGGCCUAACACAGCUAGUCAGUGUUGAGCAACAACCUGGAAUGAGGCUAAGAUAUGGCUAACACAAGGUAAACAUAGGUGACAUUUAAUUAGCAGUUGGCUAACAUGUAGUUAACACAGCUAGUAUUUAGUUAGCAUACAGGCAACAUUCACCAUCUUAGCAGGAACAUUACACAAACAUUGGGUUUAAGACCCAACCAGUUACCAUAGCAACAGCCGCACCAAGCCAAGACAAACUGUUCCACCAAUGGGAAGAAGCCACAGAGCUGAGGGGCGUGGCUUCAGGAGGGUUUGACAAGUGAGAUCUAAAGCCAUACACACUGUGUUAGUGCGCAGGAAUUAACUGUGUGUGUGUAUGUGUUAGAGUCUGUGUGCGUGUGCAUUAGAGUGUGUGUGUCUUGUGUGUGCGUGUGUAACAUUGCAGGGAUUUGCACUCUAGUGAUUCACCUCAGCAAGACGUCCACCCACACACAUGCACACACACUCGCGCACACACACACAUACACACACCUACAAACACACACACAUGCAUUGCACUGCCAUUUGAAAUAGUGGGUCAGAUUAGUUUCCAUGUAGCUUCACCAACCAACCAAACUGUAUUUUUCUUUAAAGGAACAGGGAUGUUGUAAAGUAUUUUUGUACAAAUUUAAUACUUUGGUAGCAUGACGUUCCUGGUGUUUGUCCUGUCGGGCUCCACUGCUCUCCUCCACCCCACCCUCCCCACCCCCCCUUUGUAUGGACGACUACUGAGCAACAAUAAAGAUGAAGACCUGCUGGGA